GCAUUUACAGAUUCAAAUAUAUAUGACGCCAUAGAAUGGGAAUAAGGAGAAAGAAAGAAAGAAAGGAAAGUAUAUAUAUGGAAGGAUCUUUGGAUGACCCACUUCGCUAAAUUUAAGGUCUAAAAGUUCUCUCACCCAUUCGAAAGAGACACAUGAUGCUUCCAUCACCUACUAUGAACUCUCUGCAGUUAAUUAAACAUACUUCCCUCGUUCCUUGUCCAAAUCAAAAAUCAUCAUUGGUCCCUCAACAUUAGCGCUUAAACACGAUCUUCUUUCUUCAAACUAUGUCUUCGUGCCACACAAGUAAUCUCAAACAGAAGAAUAACCACAACAACAGUAUCAUCAGGAAGCGAGCCUGUUCUUUCUCCUCUACCACCAACUCUUCUUCUUCUUCCUCUUUGGUGGGAAGGUGCCCUUUCAAGAGAGCUAUUUUGGUUAGGAAAACCAGGAAAACAAGGUCACCUUCUAUGGCGGCGCAUCUUCUUCAUGGGGUACCCUCUAAAGAGAGGGAACUGUAUGUGUCUGCAAGGAAACUCGCUGCUACUCUAUGGGAAAUCAAUGAUUUGCCUCCUUCAAGGGUGGAGAAGGAGCUUGAGUCCGAGCCAAUCAAAGCCAUAAAAGAUAAAAGUGUUGCCUUAUUGAGAUCAGGAUUAUUGAAGCCACGUAUCUCAGAUCCAUCAUAUACUCAUUUCUAUGAGGGAAUUGAAAGGUUGGAAAAUAAGAAAUGCAAAAGAAGAGUUUCAGCCUCAUCUCAUCAAUUUCACUUGGCUAAUUACUUCUUGGAGGGCAUGGAUGAUGCUCAUUCUACUCUCAAUUUCAUUGAGGAAGGGAAUCAGAUAAGAAACAAGAAGAAUUGUGGUAAAUGCAGGGUUGGAUUCAAGAACCCUAUGAAGGAAGCUAGAAAUGGAAUAUCUACAUGCAAGAAGCUGCUAAAGGUGUUGAAUGAAAUGUGCGUUCAAGAGCAGCAUUCAUCAAGCAUACCCCUCAUCUUGGCAAUGCGCAGUGAGCUUGAUCGCGUGCGCAACCAAAUCGAUCAACUGAUCCAAGAUCAGGGCUCAAACCAGAAUGACAUGGAGUGUCUCAUGAAGAAUUUUGCAGAAGAGAAGGCUGCCUGGAGAAGAAGAGAAAGAGAAAGGAUCCGCGAAGCAAUAACAAGUAUAGCACAAGAUCUUGAGGUGGAGAAGAAGUUAAGAAGGCAAACAGAGAAGUUAAACAAGAAGAUUGCCAGAGAAAUGGCUGGUGCAAAAGCCUCCUACUUAAAAGUUUCCAAAGAUCUUGAAAGGGAGAAAAGGGCCAAAGAGAUUUUGCAGCAAGUUUGUGAUGAACUAGCCAAAGGCAUUGGAGAGGACAGAGAGCAGGUAGAGAAGCUCAAGAGGGAAUCAGCUAAAGUCCGCCAAGAGGUUGAAAAGGAGAGGGAGAUGCUUCAGCUAGCCGAUAUUUUGCGCGAGGAGAGAGUUCAGAUGAAGCUCUCAGAGGCUAAGUAUCAAUUUGAGGAGAAAAAUGCUCUGUUGGAAAAUCUGAGAAAUGAGCUUGAGGGAUUCAUCAGGACUAAAGAAGAAAAUGGUGAUGUUGAUGUUAAUCCUGAGUUGAAAAGAUUCAAGGAUCUUGAGUCUUAUUUAAACACAUCAUGCUGGGAAUUCCAAAAUCCAGUGAAAGACUAUAAUGGUUUAGAUGAUGGAGAUGAUAGUGAUCUUCAGUCCAUAGAAUUGAACAUGGACAAUGAUAAUAAGAGCUACAAGUGGAGUUAUGCUUGUGAAAAUGAUGCUCAAGAAAGAGUUUCAGUUGAAAAAGAUAGAGGGAGGAGAUCUAUCUCUGAGAAAAUUCAGUGGGGAAGUAUUUGCUUCAACAAGGGUAGUUCUAGUUGUAAGAAGAGGGACAUUGUUACUAUAAACAUUCAGGGAAGUUCUGAUCAGUGUAAUGGAGAAAAGUCAACAGAAUUUCUAUAUGGAGCUGAGAGACAAGAUGAUUAUGAUGAUGAGGAGGAAGAAAAUGAGGGCAAUGUGCCAAUCACGAGUCUUAGAGAUUGUUUAUCAUGUGUUAGUCCUGCUAAAGGAAGAGUUCAACCAUUGAAUUUGCAGUGUAUUAAUGGUGAAGCUGAGGGACACAAUCUGAAGCAAGAAGUUGCUGGAAGAAAAUUCAUGUGUUAAAAGAGUUUUGGUAGUUUAGCAUCAUAUUCAUAUAGAUAGAUUAUGCCAUUUGUGUCUGAAACUGUUUCUAUUUCUCUUGAAUAAUGUUCAAGGCUUUUCCAAUGUCACUGUGUCUUAAUUAAGUGAUAGCAACAACAAAAUGUAAGUAUUGACUACAAUUGAAAUGCUAGCAGUUUUGGAUC